AUGUCUAAUAUUACCAACGCCGGAAUACAGGGCACAAGCCUUGUUCUCCAGCUUGCAAAACCUGUACAGCUCAAGCUGAAAGACUGGUACGCAGCACUACCCGCCUGUCUCCGCAUGGAUGCUCCCCCCACCUCGUCCAAAUUAUCCUUGUCCUCCACCGGAUUCCUGCAUCUCGCGUAUUUUGCAACGGAAAUUACCCUUCAUCGCCGCAUCAUCCGUUCCUUAUCGCCUCCCCCCAGCUCCUCGCAUACUCACAUUAAAAUAGAAGGGCAAUCGUCUCCUCCGCAAUUAGAUCCAUAUGUCCAGCAUAUCUGCCGCAGCGCAGCCAAAACCCGUUUAAUAUCCGCCAUGGAUUUCGUGAAUAGACUCACGACGAGUCAUUUGAGGGCGUUUUGGUAUUUUGCGAGUAAGACGAAUUUUGCGCUGAUCGGAACGUUUGGCUCAUUGUUGUGGGCGACGGCACCGGGGAGAGAGGAGGCGGAGUGGUAUAGAAGGAGGUUGGGAGAGUACAGGUGGACGUUAGGAGUUAGCUGUAAAGGGGGAGAAUUGACGAGGUGGGCAAUGGGAAUGCUGGAUACGAGUACGGGGUUAUUGAAGGGAUUACCGGAAAAGCCAGCUUUGAGUAGAGUGGGGAGUGUAGGAGAAGGAAUGGAAGGCAGUGGAGGUCCAAGAAGAAUAAGUGGCAACCCAUUGGGUUUUGUAGGCGGGAGUCUACCCACCGGUAUAGGAAGCAUAGGCAUGGGAAUGGGCAUGGGCAUGGGUAUGGGACUUGGAGGCGGCACAGGAUUCGGGAUUGAGGGGACAGGAAGUAGGAGUAAUGGAAGGCUAGUUACAGGUAUUGACGAGGAUAUGACGGGAUUAGCCGGGAGCAGUGGAUUGGUAAGCCCAAGUACGAGUGUUAGCAGUAGUGAGGAGUCUCGAGGCGACCGCUACGAUGGAUAUAUGUUACCGCGGCCUAGGUUUGUAGAGGAGGGAUAUUAG